GUGUGUGUGUCCAACUCCAUCGGCUCCUUCCCUUCCAACUCCUCACAUAGCGCUGCGUACUAAAAACACCGGACGCUAGGGGAUCAAGACGCACGCCACCCAGCCACUACUGGGCUCGUUGACAAACCUUACGGUGUUCUGCAACAAAGGGGGCUUUGGAAGGAGGACUUUUUUUUUUUCACUGUCUGAUGUGACUGUUUGCCUCGCCGGUUAUUGAGUCGAUUGUUUUGACCGCUGUUACUCGCCCUGUGCGCAUUUCCCCCCUUCCCCUUGUGCGCCUUUUCCCUCCUUCCUCGUUUGGAUCGGCCGUCUACCCCCACGCGCUCCCAUGUCCUAUCCUCAGGGUUACCUCUACCAGCCCCCGGGCUCUCUGGCUCUGUAUUCGUGUCCGGCUUAUGGGGCCUCGGCUCUGGCUGCUCCGCGGAAUGAAGAUCUGGCGAGGUCGUCAUCCGGAUCAGCAUUCAGCCCGUACCCCGGAUCGGCUGCUUUUUCCGCCUCGGCCAGCUCAGGCUUCUCCAGUCCGCUGUCAUAUUCCACGGACCCUGCCACGGGAUUCCCAUCAUACAUGAGCUCUCCGUAUGACGCACACACGACGGGCAUGGCCGGGGCGUUAAGUUAUCACCCCUACGGGAGUCCGGGGUACCCCUACCAGCUCAACGACCCGGCUUACCGAAAGAACGCCACUCGGGACGCCACAGCCACCCUGAAGGCCUGGCUGCAGGAGCACAGGAAGAACCCUUACCCGACCAAAGGGGAGAAGAUCAUGUUGGCCAUCAUUACCAAGAUGACCCUGACUCAGGUCUCCACUUGGUUCGCCAACGCCAGGAGGAGGCUCAAGAAGGAGAACAAGAUGACUUGGGCGCCCAGGAAUAAGAGCGAGGACGAGGAUGAUGAUGAUGGCGACGGAGAGAGGAAGGAUGUGGAGCGAACCGAAAAGAACUUGGAAAACAGCGAAGCUUCGGCCGAGGAUGAAGGUAUUAGUUUGCACGUGGACACUCUGACGGACCACUCGUGUUCUGCCGAGUCAGACGUGGAGAAGGUGGUGUGUCGGGUGGGAGAUUUGGGUUCUGAUCAGGCCCGGGACAAAUGCGAAGAUGACGUGGAGGAGCAGAACCACGCCUCCCGCUUUCAGCUCUCCCCCAAAUCAGUCACAACCUCGCCUCUGAUGGGAGUCGAAGCGCCAGUUUUCACCCAUCAGCACCAUCACCUUCAUCACCUCCAACAUCUCCAACGCGAGGAUUUAGCUCGGAGCCUCGGCAUGAGCAACACCAUCAAUGCCAAUAAGACCUGCCUUGAAAGCAGACCGCCCACUGGGGCUUCUCAGAACCCCAAACCAAAAUUGUGGUCACUGGCGGAGAUUGCUACCUCAGACGCAAAAGAGCAAUUGGGGCAACCAAACUGCCCCUCCUCGUUAUCCACCAGCGGGGGCCUUCUGACUCCCCCGACUCCCUCCACGACCUCCCCGUCUGCCACUUCACCCUCUCUAUACGCGACCCCCUCCCUCGUCGGAAGACCUAUUUAUUACACGUCGCCCUUUUAUAGCAAUUACACAAACUAUGGCAACUUUAGUCCACUGCAGGGCCAGAGCAUCCUGCGCUACUCCAACUCCGGGGUAAGUCUGGCUGCAGCAGCCGCCGCCGCAGCCGCUGCUGCCGCCGCAGCCAACGACGGUCUCGGCUCGCAUCAGGCUCCGGAGGCCGUCACGCAGCUGAAACAACUCAGGCCCGAUUCCCCGCUGCUUAAAAUAAACUUAAAUCAGACUGUUGGUGUUAGUGAGCAACAUCAAAAACAUUACAGACCUGCAAAUUUGGAGCCAAAGAAGGGCACGUAGAACUGAGAUGGGGCGCAUGUGAGGCAUCUUGAGAAUGUAAUUUAGAAAACGACAACAACACACACGCAGUGGUCGAAGACAGCUCGCUUGUUUCUAAACAAAGACCUUUUUUUCUGAACUCAUGUUUUCAUUGAUGAAAUCAAUGUUUGUUUGUUUUUUGCUCUAUCAUUUUCUUUUUAAAUAGCACGGCAUAUAAACAACUAUGCUUAUUUGAUUCGGCCGUAAAUUUGAGUGGACUGUAAGGAAAAACGUGUCUGUUUUGGCGGAUGGUUUGGUGAGGCUUCCCGUUGAGAUGUGCCAGUGUGCACAUGCCAGUGUGAAUCAAACCAAGAAGACAAUUCGAACCACGCCCAAAUGUGCUCGCUUGCAACAGGUGAGUCCGCUCAAACUUGGGUUAGAAAUGCACGACGGUGCAUUUCUAUAGUUCGGUUUAUUGCUGUCAUCGCGGGUGAGCCAACACAUGCCGAUAUGCAAAUGUAUUUACUCUACACCUACGUAAUCAGUGAGGAUGCACUGAUGAAAUUACAUGGUAUGAUUUGGAAAUGCAUUAUGGACUUACUAUACGGUGUCCUGUAGUUUUUGACUGGCACGCAGACCGUUUUUAUUUCCAUCUUCUACAGGUAGGUGUCACAAUUGCUUUGAGUUUAAAGGCAGCGUGGACACAACCUCUUAUUGUUUUAAAGACAUUUUUUCUCCCGCUAAAGAUCUUCAGUGCCACCAUAAAAUCGAACUUUUUGUAGCUGCUUGCUUUGCCCCACUUGACAGUACACACAUCUGAAACAUUAUUUUGCCUUUGCUUGUCACUUUAUGUUGUGCAUAACUUAUCACCUGAUCUAUGCUCAGUUUAUGUUUUCCCAAUACAUGUGAUCAUCACGUUAUAUCUCAGGUUCCUCUAGGUUUGAUAUUUCAGUAUAGUGUAUUUAUGUGUGAUAAUAUAAUUUGGCUUUUUUUUUUUUUUUUUUUGGUGGGGGGCAUUUAAGGACAAGUCAGAAGAAAACCUGUGAGGACUUCAAAGUGGAAUAGCCUACAUUUGAUAUUUAUUUUUGUAAAUGAUGGCGGAAUUAUGCCUUUAAUUUAUGCAAGUUGUAUUGCAAAAAAACAAAAACAGAACAACAACUGACAUCUGUUUAUUCUGUAAAUAUAUAUAUUAACAGUUUUUAUUUGAAUUUGUGAAGGGCAACACAAUCUUGUUGAGGAUUAGGCCUACUCAUGAUAAUUUAUAUAUUUGAAUGUAAAUAGAAAUGAAAAACGAGCACUGGUGGAAUAUUGUACUGGUGGUAUCAGCUAUUCAAAGAAAAAAAUAUUAAACUGUUUUCCCAACUAUUAUA